GUUAUUUCCUUGGUAGAGCCAAAUUUAAUUAAAGGCAUCUAAGACAACAAAUUUAUAUAUCAUUUUUCUAAAGAUUCAUCUGAUACAUAAGCUUGUAUAUGUGAUUCAUUAAUUUGUCCUUUAGUUUUAGCAUGUUCCGUCAGAAAUUUUUGAAUUAUAAUUUUCUUGCUGCCAGUCUAAGUCGUGUGUCCUUUUGCUAACUGAUGUUGGGUAUAUGCGAGAAAAGCUAGUAGAUAUGGCAAUUGCCAAUUGGUGCUUACUUUUCUACUAUCAUUAUGAUCGCGUAUUUAUUCGAACGUCGAAAACAUACGACACAUGUUGAAUUUUCUUGUACGAGUUUAUUUCGUUUUCAGUUUGUCAUUUUACGUUUUUUUAGUUUCCACGUACGUCAAAAUGCUAGUAUUGAUUACGUUCUAAAAAAAAUAAAGUGUUAUAUAUGUACUGAAUUAUCAGUAAAAAUCUUUAGUUUUAUAAAAAAUAUGUGGACAACCUAGAAAAAAAAAAAAUCUACAAGCAACACACUUCGUCACACUAUUCAAAUGAAUCCGAGAUUUAAAACAAAAUGUUAGCCCAGCAGCAUUUUUACCAAUGGAACUUGUCCAACAUAGAGUUGAAACCUUUUAAACGGGAUCUAUUCAAAGGCGGCAAAAACGAAACUUGUGUCCGACUAAUUCGAAGACAAAGAGCCCGAGGACUGUUAUGAUUGAUUAUAGGCCCGUAGCUGUGUGUUCCUCGCAAGAUCAUCGCAACUUCAUCAGUUUGCCUUUGUAGCAGGAGGUCAAUCUCUGACAGUGUAUUGAUUUCUUAUCAAAUUUUCCAUUAUUUGUGUACUUCAUCAGCAAAGAGACACUGUUCAAUGGCCGUUAAAACGGAUAUGAACAGGGUGUACAAUAGACUAGAGUGGAGUUUCUUUAGGAACGUUGUGUCCCAGCUUGGGUUCCACCCAACGUGGACACGGGAACAUGUCAUAUCUGCUCUUCUUCUUCUGGAGUUUAUUUAAAUGAAUCUGUCAGUACUUGUUUAUGGAGUAAUAUUAUUUAAUCCCAAUCAUUUUUAGGUGUUGACAAAUGGAAUAGAAGUAAAGUUGCAGAGGAAUGCAUUCAGUGUCCUUGAAGCUCCUACUGGAAAUGAAGUAGACGAUGAUCUUGAUUUCGAAAAUACACUGAGGAAUGGUUCUGAUAUGAUUGUUUCUUUUCCAGCAUCCGAGGACACACUGAAGCCUCAUAAGUCGAAGCUAAGAGGGCAGAGAUCAUCACGGUCAUUUCACAAGACCCUGAGCAGGUCUCUAUCAUCUGACUCACAAUCAAAAAGCUCUGCUUUUACUCUCCCUCAAAACAUGAAGGUUGAUCUUAGCAAACUGGAAAUGCCUGCUUUACUCAAAUAUUGGCAACAUUUCAACCUCGUGGAUGCAAUUCCAAAUCCAUCAAAGGAGCAACUAAUUGACAUUGUUCAGAGACACUUUAUGUCUCAGCAAAUGGAUGAGCCUCAAGUUAUUAUGGGGUUUGUUCAAGCUGCAAAGAGAAUGAAGAGAGCCUGCAAGUUGCAAUCCAAAGAAGCCAGAAACACCGAUCUUAACUGCAUCAGCUAAAAGAAACAAGCCCUGACUUUAAUAAUAGAUCCUCUAAGUAAAGUGAUGCCAACUUGAGUAACCAUUUGUGGCUUGCUGCAGCAAGUUUUAGCUCGUUCCGGAGAUAUUUGGCUAAGGAGUAGAAUGUUGUUUCUUCUUGCUUCUGUUGUUUAACCAUGUAAUUACCCCCAAUCAAACAAAAAAAGACCCUGAAAUCAAGAAACAUGACUCUCUAAAGCUUCCAAUUGAAUUUACUAUCUGUUCUGAUUUUAGUAUGUUACAAUGUAAAUAUGUUUUAUGUGACCUUUCUCUCAGUCCUUUUUUUUUUGUUUUAAAUUGAGUAGUAACAUUAUUUUAUAGAUUGAAACAUAAUUUAUUGAUGGGCCUGUUGCGAGUAAAACAAAACAUACAACCAAACUUCCUCUUCAUCUCUCUCCAUGCACUCAUCUACGUCCUUCUCUUUGCGCAAUAAACACAUAUUCAAGAUUUUCAAUCUCUCUUUUGUUGCUGCAAUCAGAUUUGAUAUAACUUCAUACUCUUACUCUCGCCUUCUUAUAUAAUAAACCCUCGCGGGAGAAUCUGCCUCCCUUUUCUUUUUCGCCUGACUAGUUCUUUUUUUUUUUUAUAACCGAGUAUCCUGGAUCCACCGUGGUGGUCCGGAUUAGAGACCGAAGCGAGCAUGGACCCGAAGGUCACCAGGUGGUUCACCGCGUAACGGUCUUCGGUCUCGGAUGCUGCAGCCCAUAUGUAAAUUCCGCAGUGGCCAAGGUUCGAACCCAGGACGGGCACUCCAGCUGGAGCUCCUAUACCACUAGACCAAAGCAACUUGGUU